UUUUGGUCCGUUUGUCUAAAGGUUAGUUUCCAUCGUGUACUGGUGUUAUGUUUGUCUAGGUAUAUUAGCAUGAUGCGCCCGUUUAUUGAUUCUAAGGCUGACCAGGAUAAAAAGUUGUUCAUCGGCGGUUUAAGUCCUAAAACAGAUGAGAACUCGCUCAAAAAUUAUUACGGUCAAUGGGGUGAAAUCAUUGAUGUUGUCGUUAUGAAAGAUCCUAGAUCUCAGAAAUCUCGAGGGUUUGGUUUUGUGACAUAUAAAGAUUCCUCGUCCGUUGAUGCUGCACAAAACAAUCGCCCACAUACUAUAGAUGGAAAGGAGGUGGAUACCAAGCGUGCCAUGCCCAGAGAGGAAACAAGUCCUGAGGUUCAUGCUGCAGUGAAGAAAAUUUUUGUUGGUGCUUUAAAGAAGGAUGUAACAAAUGAAGAUCUUAGUGAUUACUUUUCUCAGUUUGGGACCGUAACUGAUGCACAGAUUGUUAUAGCUAAAGAUACGAAUACAUCCCGGGGCUUCGCAUUCGUUACUUUUGAUGACACAGAUGCAGUAGACAAAGUUAUUUUAGCUCGACCACAUACUAUCAAAGACUCCAAAGCAGAUGUACGAAAAGCACUCAGCCGAGAAGAAAUGAAUAAAAUGAGGUCAAAACCUGCACCUGUGAGAACAGACUAUAACGGUGGUGGCUGGCACGACAAUGCAAACGGAGGUUUCCAGCCUCAAUCAUGGAUCAGGGCUACAAUCAACCUUACGCACACCAACAGCCUUAUGCUUAUAACGGAGCAGGCUAUGGUUAUGGUGGUUACGAUGCAGGUUGCCCUGCAGGUGGUUGGCCUAAUGCUUCCGAUGGAUUCGGCAAUUAUCAGCAACAAGCCUAUGGUGGUGGUCCGAUGAGGGCGACACCUGCAAAUGCACAGUAUUCCCGUCCUGCUCCAUAUUCCGGUAAUGGUUGGCAACGCUGACGUUAAUUUUGUUAUUUCAAUACCAAACGCCUAGUGCAUUUUGACAACUUUUUAUCACUUGCUGUAAAAUAUACAAAUCAAUUAUUCUGCUAUUGCCUUGUACUCCCAGCCGCUUGAUGCUAAUGUUGAGAAGCUAGUUAGGUCGCUAUUGGAAAAAGAUAAGGUAUGGCACAUUUGCGACUCGUCACAUCGAUUCCCAGUUGUAUACUCAAUAUGGAGAGGAAGCUCCCGUGAGACUCCAUGGAGAACUGGAUUGUGUUGCAGCAAGGAGGUUACAAUCAAUUCAAAGGUGGUCAGCAAACAAGAAAAUAUUGAACAAAAGUGAAAGCCAUAUCAGGAAAGUGAUAUAACUCUGGAAGUCAUACUAUUUCAUGGGACUUUUACAAGAACCUUUAUUAUUUCGAAUCAGUCAUUUGACACAAUAACACUGAGACAUUAGAAUAACGUUCGUUAAACUUAAAGAUCAUUUAGAACGCUGACAAAACCCAGAUGGAAAUCAUUGUCUGAAUUUAUUGCACAACAUGGUAAACAUUAAUUUUAAAAAUGAAGUCCAAUUAGAACGAACAUAAAAAUAGAAACAGACUGAUAUUACAAAAUGAAGAGAAUAUGUAUUGAUUUGCAAGACUAGUGUUCGCAACUGUAGUGAGGGGAAAAUAUAAAGUUAUUUUUACAUAUAUAUUGAAUGAUCCAAAAUGACUGUGUUCUCCAGGAUUUCAAUGCAAUGUUAAUUUUCAGAAAUGACAAUCAGUUAAAUAUAAAUGGGUUAUCAAGUUUUAUGACGAAAAUGACAUGUCAUUAUCGGGGUGUGUGCUACUGACGUCGACAGAUAUAAAUAGUAUGUAUCAUCAAUAAAAAGUGAAAUGCCUGGUGGCAGAAGGCUAAGAAGUUCAAAGAAAAUAGAACGUGAACAGAGAAUGAUUAGUCUGGAAAAGUCUUAGACGACUGAUUGACGGUUUGCAAAUGAAGUAUUUACUGUACGGUUCUCAGAUUUUACUAAAACGUUUUCUAAUUUUUUGUGUUCAAAUGCAUUUGGCUGUCACUUCUGUUGUUAUUGUUCACUACACUAUCUCUAAAUUGAAAAGUAUUGCAGGCUAGUAAUUUACUUGCACAAUUACAUAAGCUAGGAUAAUUAAUAAUGAAGUUACUGAUGAUCAUACAUCUGUGGAAAUUUACAUAUUUUAUUGAUCUUGUACGCAGAAA